UAACCCUGGCUUAAUUUUCAUUCAACCGAAACAUAGUGAUCUGAAUGCACGCCAUGGAUCCGCGAGUUAUAAUUGCAGUUCUUUUGGUUUUGGUCCUGACAGGCUCGACUGUCGCCGACGAAGAGUGCUAUGAACAUACUGAGGUGAUUGAGUGCAACGGAAGCUGUUUCGAAGUAGUUAAGCCCAUGCUGGCCCACUUUCGGGAGUUGAAAUCGGGCGCCGAUAAAAGUAAUGAACUUAAAUACCAGUUGGUGAAUAUACAAAAAGAACUUCAAAUAAAAGAUGAUCUAACAAGUGCCACAAUUAAGAGUAAAGAUGAACAAAUAAAAGCAUUGAAAGAUCUGAUUAAAAGCAACGAUGCUCUAAUAAAAGCACAAAGUGGCAAUGAAGAGCUGAUAAGGAUUAUUAAAAGUGAAAUAAGCCAGAAAAACAAUGAAAUUAAAAAUAAAGAAGCACUUAUAAAUUCAUUAAGAAAUCAAAUAAACGAAAAAAGUGAGGAUCUUAAAAAAGCUAGUGAGGAAAAAGAUGAAUUUAAUAAAAAACUACUUAGUUGUUUGGACAAUAUUAAUAAAUCCAAGAAUUCUUUGAUGGAAAAAGAAAAGGAGAUCCAGGAAAACAAGGAGGAGAUUAAAAGAAAAGACGAUAUACAGAAUAAAAGAGAUGCAGAAAUACAGGAGAAGACUGAACAGGCAAAGAGCAAGGACUUUCAAAAUAAAAACCUAACCAGUCAAAUAAAUGUUUUAUCCCAAAACUUAACUAUAACAAUUGAAAAACUUGGAAAGUGUGUUGACCCAAAUCCUUGUAACAAUGUCAGCAAGGACAUAUACCAAAUAAGGCUUCCAGGAGUGAGUGCAUUUGAGGCUCCUUGCAAUGGAUCUGGAUGGAUGGUAAUUCAGAGACGGAUGGACGGCAGAGUGAAUUUUAAUCGCAAUUGGGUGGAAUACAGAGAUGGGUUUGGAAAUUUGGCAGGAGAGUUCUUCUUAGGCCUGGAGAAGUUGCACCUCAUAACUCAGUCGAGACAGCACGAACUGCUUAUCCAUCUGGGAAAAUUGGAUGGAUCCACUGCUUUCGAAAAGUAUGAUAAUUUCAGGAUUGGUAGUGAGAAGGAUUCCUAUCCAUUGCAAUCGGUUGGAAACCCCACUGGAGGUGCAGGCGACACCCUCACCAAAUACCAUUUGAACAUGAAGUUCUCCACUAUUGACAGGGAUAAUGACGUGGCUUAUAGAAAUUGUGCUAGCUAUAUGGGUGGUGGUUUAAUAACUGUGGAUACAGCAACCUAAACGGAAGGUUCUACAAAGAUGGUGAAACGGAGGAUGAGAAUGGGAUAAUUUGGGGAAGUUGGCACGAAUACGACUGGUCUGUUUCACUUACAUUUGUCGAAAUGAUGAUUAGACCCAAACCCUUUUAAGAACAUUUUGGAAUAUGGAAACCCGUCUACAUGAAACUAGUUGUCAACACGAAAAUAAAGCUUAAUGCGGAAAUAAUACCUGAGGAACACUAAGGGAUUCCUCCGAAGAUUCAUCCGGCUUUAGUUUUUUGGUAUUCUCUUCUGGCCAAAAUAAUAGGAGGAGCCUUUCGCAGCCAAUGCCUGUGAGUAAUUAAAGUUUAAAUGGCCUGGAAACUUUUUCGCAUGAGAACUGAAAUAAAGUGCAGUCCUGGAAGAAGAAGGCGUGGGGGCUGGGACUGUGCUGCCAGCUGUGGGCUUUGUCAUAAUUACGCCCAAAUUACAACCAAGUUACCGCACGGACGUCCCCUCAGGGUCAUGGCUGGGAAAUUCGAGCGGAGAGAUGGCAGCGGGCAGACUUGCUAUUGGGGCCUUUUUCUAUUAAUGGGUUAAGUGGGUUUGGCGGCUUCAAAAAAAUCGAUUUUUUUUAUUUUUUUUUAUAAAAUUUUACAGAAUUUUGAGAAUAUUCUCCCAAAUUUUCAAAUCGAUUCGAAUAAUAGUUUCGGAGAUGCAGUCCUGUAAAGGUGGACGCUCGAGGUCAGGAAUAGGCAAACUUUAAGGGGGGUUUGAGACUUAAAAAAAUUUUAUUUUCAAAAAUUUUUUAUAUAAUAAAACAUUAUCUAAGGAAUAUCCUGUGCAAGUUUCAUGUCGAUCGGAUUAAAGCUCGCUGAGAUAUCGAUUUUCUAAUUACUUUUUCUCUCUAUAUACUUUCAAUUGCGUCUUUCUCAAAACUGUGUUUUCGAAGUCGGUUGUCGAGAUUUCUCGAAAACUACUCAACCGAUCUUGAUCAAAUUUUGCACAGGCUUUCGAGAUACGAUUCUCUAAAACGAAGGAUUUUUUUUCGUUGAUAGUUGUUAUCAAUCAAAAAAAAAAAAAAAGGUUCAAAAAUUUUCACCAAAGUUUUAAUUUUUUUUGCAAAAAUGUGUCCCAAAAAUCAAAAUUUGACUUGUUUUUUUCCUUCGUUCAGUUUUCAGUUUUAGGUCUGUACUAAAAGAAAAUAUUUUGUUUUUCAUUUUAGAUGAUUCUGUCCGGAAUUGUGCUGUCAACGCGAAAGCACCUUUUUUCCAAGGGGUUAUGGAAAAUGACGUCUCAAUGGCUGGUUGUUUAAUAUUUUUUUCUGAAAAUUUCCGAAAUUCUUCUUUAAAUAUGUAUAUUUAAGAAACUUAAAAGUUGCAAUAAUAUUUUUCAUUCUUUAUAUAAAAAAAAUUUUUGAAAAUAAUCAAUUUUUUGGCCGCGCAAACCGACCUAACCCCUUAAGAACUUUUGCGAAGAAAUGCAACUGCAACAUGAACAAGACUGUUAAUGGCGGCAAUGCAAAUAAAUUAUGUAUUUCAUUAUUAUUAUUAGCAGUUCUUGUAAAACUACAAAGAAGACAAAGAUUAAGUUAACAUUUCUAUUUAAAAUAUUUUACUGUGUUGAUUUGCUUAUUUUAUUCCCCAAAUUUUUCAAUCAAAACUCAAUAAAAUCCCGAAGAAAACAUAAAAAAGUAGACAAACACUGGGCUCUGUUAAUUAGGGUGAACCGCAAGCAAUUGUAUUUUGUUUGGAAUUUGCUAAACCCGAGAUGGCAGCCAGUAAUUAAAUCUGCGGCCGACACUGGCUUUCAAUGCACUUUUCCUCAAGCUUUAAAUUUCAGUAGUUUCGACCGACCAGGGACAAUUAAUAAUUUCCGCACCAAUUAAGAUGGCCGGAGAAGAGCUUGGCCAUGGCGGUCUCGUGGCUUUCACUGAAGAUGGUACGAUCUCGGAGUGGUGGGAGGCCGUCCCCCCAACUAACAGCUCAUUGCAUGUUGACUCUUCCAUUUUCAGAAUGGUUUUAUGAACAAAACCGCACUGGGGCAGUGAUGUUUAUUUAUUGUUAACCUUCCAGCACGUUGGGCGGUUGGACGGGCAUUAAAAAUGCAAAACUAAAGCUGAAAAAGCACGGCCUCGAAUUAGGAAUGAAAAAUUAUAAAAAA